CCCUGAGCACGUCUGCAGAGACCACUCAUUACUAUUUGCAACCCAGAGCAGACCACUAGCUUGUUUUGCCAUCUCUGUCAUUGCGUAGUUACUUGUUGGCUUAAAGGUCUCUCUCUCUCUCUCUCUCUCUCUCUCUCUCUCUCUCUCUCUCUCUCUCUCUCUCUCUCUCUGUGACUGUAGAGAGGAGGGGGAUUGGGGGGGAAGUAGCAAAAGAGGAGGAGGAAGAUGUGUAAGAGACAGAAGGGACUAUAGAUACAGUAGUCACAUCCUAUCCUGUCUUACCUCCAAAGUAUCGCUUGCUACUGUCAAAAUGGACAUUACCUUGAACAGCUCCUGGUCAUCUGCUGAUAGCCUAUUCGACAGUACCAAUGGCGGAGCUGGUGUUAAUGCCUCGCUGUAUGCCAUGCGAUGCCCAGUUGGUGCCUUGGGCAAUGCCACCAGGCUGGAUGGGAACCAGUCCUAUCUUUGCAGCGGACGAGAAAUGGCCCUUGAGAACUCCAACUCUAUCAUCAUAGCAAUCAUCAUUACAGCCCUGUACUCCAUGAUCUGCGUUGUUGGUCUCUUUGGAAACGUUCUGGUCAUGUAUGUGAUCGUCAGGUACACCAAAAUGAAGACAGCUACCAAUAUUUACAUUUUUAAUCUUGCCCUAGCAGAUGCCCUGGCAACAAGUACUCUGCCAUUUCAAAGUGUGAACUAUCUUAUGGGAACAUGGCCCUUUGGUAAUAUUGUAUGUAAAAUUGUUAUAUCAAUAGACUACUAUAAUAUGUUCACUAGUAUUUUUACCCUGACUACAAUGAGUGUUGACCGGUACAUAGCCGUCUGCCAUCCAGUGAAAGCUCUUGACUUCAGGACGCCACGAAAUGCUAAAAUGGUUAACGUUUGCAACUGGAUUCUUUCUUCUGCAAUUGGUUUGCCUGUAAUGGUCAUGGCAACAACAAAAUAUGAGAGAGGUUCUACUGAUUGUGCUGUUUUAUUUCCACAUCCAUCUUGGUACUGGGAUAAUCUUAUGAAAAUAUGUGUUUUCAUUUUUGCUUUUAUAAUGCCAGUCCUUAUAAUAACAGUAUGCUAUGGAAUGAUGAUCUUACGACUCAAGAGUGUCCGCAUGCUUUCUGGGUCCAAAGAGAAGGACAGAAAUCUCAGAAGAAUCACCAGGAUGGUGCUUGUUGUAGUGGCCGUGUUCAUUGUCUGCUGGACUCCUAUUCACAUUUAUGUGAUCAUUAAAGCCUUGAUCAGUGUCCCUCCUUCUCUCUUUCAGACAGUGACAUGGCAUGUGUGUAUUGCGCUAGGUUACACAAACAGCUGCCUUAAUCCAGUCCUUUAUGCUUUUCUGGAUGAAAACUUUAAGAGAUGCUUCAGAGAAUUUUGCAUUCCUACAUCUUCAACCAUUGAGCAGCAGAAUUCUACCCGCAUGCGUCACAAUACACGUGAACAUGUGUCCACUGCUAACACGGUGGAUAGGACUAACCAUCAGGUAUGACUAGCCGUGGAAAUGUCUUCUCUGGAUUCAGGAGUUCCUGCAGGAGAUGACAUGACUUCAGAAGUUACUCAGAUAACUACAGGGCUUUAAUUUCCAGAUGGCAUUAGGCUAAAGAACAGGAUUGUAUUUAUGUUUGGUACAGUAAGCAUAAUAUCCAAGCACUUUUAGCAUGGAGGUUGAAGAAUGUCACUGCCUGGAGUUUAUAUUUCCGCUGACAAGGCAACAUCCAUAUGUUGCAUCUAAUAUAUUUAUAGUAAAAAUGUACAGUAACAAGAUGAUAAGUAACAUUAUGAUAAGUGAUAUGAUAACGUGAUAAGUGAUAUGCUUAAGAGGGUAUUUAUUGGAGCAUGGAGAGAGAGAGGGAGAAGCACUAACCAAUCAGCUUCGAACUCUCAUUUUACAGGCUCUGUUUGAAAAUGUCAAGAGCUGUUUGGUUAGUGCUUUAUCUCUUACUAUGCUCUGAUUAAUAAAUUGGAAUGCCAUGAAUAAUUCAGAAUGAAUUGUUUGGUACUGGGGUUUUUUUUUAGGAAGAAAAAGGGUUUUAUGUAGAUAUCUAAUCAUUUUAUGAAAAUCUAUCAUAAGCGAAUUGUGAGUUUCAGUAGACACAAAAAGACAACAAAAAGUAUAACGUAUGUACUGUAAAUAAGCUUUGUAUAAACACAAUUUUGGUGCCAAUUUCAAAACUAUUUUCCAAGAUUCCAGUUUAAUUAUUUUUUUCUCAUGUACUUGAUAAGUGACAGUAAAAGCAUGAAAAUACUACAAACAGGAAUAGCCAUUUUGGUAGAGAAGCCAGUCUACCAAAAAUAAGACAAUACCAUAUUGUUAACUUUAUAUAUCCUAGUAUUUGCUAAAUCACUCAGAGAGAAUGCAGUAUGUAUAAUAUAUAAAUAAUUGAAAAGCCAUAAAACAAGACAAAGAAUAACACAAAAAUGUAGAAUCAACAUGUUGUCUCAAGCAGAGAAGCAAAAACAUGGAUCAUUCUAAUAAGAUAUUUUUAGUGGCAAACUUUUAUACAAUACUUCAAAAUUAUGCUUUUACCUUAAAUAGUAAAAAAAAUAUAGACAUUUUUACCAACUAAGAUGCACAAUGUGCUGAUGUUACUGUUGGGAGGCUGCUUUCAAAAAAUGUAUUAGAAGAACAGGGUGCAAAGUUGCCAAUAUGCAACUCAAAAUCCAUGCAGAUGGUAUGUCCAAUCAUGUACUAUAUGGAAACAUGUCAUUUUUAUUUUUAAGAAGGUUCUUAUUCAAAACACAAUGUCUUUUUAUAUGGCCGCAGCAAUAGGAAAACAAAUGUAGUCAGAUAAUUUUUUAUAAGAAAUUGGAAAAUCAGCCAUUAAUUUUUGAAUAGUAAAUCAAUGUUAUAUGUUCAGUUUAUUUUAUUUUAUUUACUUUGGGCAGUUGUGUUUAGAUUCAUGGUGCAGAUAAAUCUUCACCACGUGAAAAUAUGUAAGCAUACAAUCAUUGUACUGGAUAAGUACAUAAAUAUAUUAUGAUCAUGGAAAAUAAAUAUAUAUAUUUUUUAAAUUAAAAUGUAUAACUCAACACAGUGGCACAAAAUAAGGGGGUGUGGUGGAUAACAUUCUGUGUUGCCUUAUUGUUAAACCUGACCUUGUAAAUAUGACCAAAAGUAUUUUAUUGAUAUAAUAAUGUUGUCUGUAUAUUAUUGUCUACAGUAAGGGCAAUGGAACCUCUUGGUCUUGUCUACAAUAAGGGAUUGAUAACUAGAUAAAAUUGAGAAUUGUUAGUACUUUAUAGCAAAUUAAAGUAUUAUAACUGCAGAUAUAGAAUAGUUUAUAUAUAUAUAUAUACCCAGGUAUAAAUUUAGCUACAGUGUUUCUCUCAUUCUGUGUACAUUAUGUAUUAAUGAAUCUAGUCUAAAGCUGCUUACAAUGUGAUAUCUGCAUAAGCAUUUAUGAUAAUGAAAUAGAUUGGCUUUGUGAGAGUCACAUUACUAUUAAAUAACAAAUGUAAUGAAUGAUACUAAAUAUACAUUGAAGGUUACAUAUGUUUAUUACAUGUCUAUGAUGACAAUAAUUUUAAAAUAAGUACACAUAUUUAUGUUUUUUUGUUUUUUACUGAGGCAUCUGUCACUUAAGCAAAGAUAUAGCAAAUUCAUAGGAACUUUUUUAUUAUUUAUUUAUUUAUUCAUUCAUGUUAUAAAUUUAUGUAGCGCAUGUAAUUUUACUGAUUUUGUAGGGAAAAAAAAGUGUUUGUAAGCCAGUUUUUGCUACUUGGGAUUCGGGUCUAUUUUUAAAUCUUAUCCCUCUCCCUUCUGUAAAACGUGCAGAAAAAUCAGUUUCAGCAUGGAUUUAAUAUUCCCACAAUGUACCAAAAGCUGGGAUAUCUAUUGCAUUAAGUAUUGCAAAUGGCAAGACUGUGGAUAAAAUUAGGUUAUUAUAUCAUGAAGAGAGAUAUAGGGCUGUGUGGAGACACCAGACUUGUUUGACCUGUUAUUUCAAUUUAAUCAUAAAUAGUAAUUUUAUUUCAUUGUUAAAUUACAGCUUGUAAGAUUACUAGCAGCUAGCAGACAACUGUUAAACAAAAACAUUGUUUAGCAAAAUAAAAGAUGGUUAUAAAUGAAAAAACCUAACCAAAACAAUAUUUUGUGUCUUAUAAAAAGGGAUGCUGUAUAUAAACAGCACCAUUUGUUUUUGUUUUUUUAAUGCUCAAACUAAUAGCUCUGCCAAUAUACAUUACAAUGCAAACAUGAAGGAUGUAAUCAUGAUUUUUCAUAUUAACUACAUAAUAAAAAGCUGCAGACACAAUCCAUCACAUGCAUUUCUAUACAACAGCCAGUUACAAUGUUUUUCGUUUUUUAAUUUUCUUCUUUUAAUUUAUCUUUCAAUUGAAAUAAAAAAUAGAAGAACUGUCCGUUUAUUCAUUACAUUUUCAUUUUCCAACCUUAGUCCUCAAGGCACACUAAUAGUCCAUGUUUUAGUGAUAUUCAUGCUUGAGCACAGAUUACUUAAUUAGUACCUUAGUUAUUUUGAUUUACCUAUCUCUUUUGAAGCAUGGAUUUCAUUAAAACCUGCACUGUUAUUGUAACAUGAGGACCGAGGUUGGGAAUGCCUGACGUAGAGGUUAGCAAUUUUGUUUGCAGUUCAUAGAGAGUGGCUGAUGCAGAGUUGUCUCUAAAUUCAGUUGUAAUUGUGUGUACAGUUGGUGUAAAGCUGCAAAUAUUGCAAGAUGCAUGCAUGUCAGGCCCACAUCAUAUACAGUUAUUAUCUUAUCCAUUUAUUUUUAUUGCAAAAUACACAUUCAGUAUUUAGCAUGAAUAAACUACUUCUCCAAGAAAAAAUAUGAAAAUUAAAAGUAUUUGCUUAAAGAAGCACACAAUGGCAUAAUAUACUGUGUACUUAAACAAUGGAAAAAAAAACACUAAUUAGCACCAGCGAUACACUUCCAAAUUCCCAAACAGAAAUCAUUUGUAAAUGGUGAUGACCAUCAUUAGCAUCAUUAUCAACAUCCACUAUUUGAACCUGUUCUUAGCCACAUGCAAAUAGUAUGUCAUUCUUAGCUUUUACCCCAAACUGCAUACUGUACAUACAAUACUUUACCUUUCUAUUGUAUGGCAACUGAUUGUAGGUUGUGAUAGUACUUUCAUUUUAUAUAUAAUUAAGAUCUACUACUUAAUAUAAAACAUUUUCUCCCAAGUAUGUGCAAAUUUGUAGUGUAUAUAUAUAUAUAGCACUGUACAGGUGGCACCUGUAUAUAAUGCUUCAAGACAGCAGGAUUGACAUCAAUGAUGAUAUCAAUCCUGCUGUGUUGAAGCAUUAUAUCUGGGUGCCGCCUGUACAGUGCUAUAUUUUGGAUCCCUGACCAAAGGAGUCUAAGGAAGGCACUGGUAAAGUUAUCUCUUUAUUAGGAGUGAUGCGCAAACUAUUUUUAUAUAUAUGUACUGGAUGUAUAUAUACAGGUUGAGUAUCCCAUAUCCAAAUAUUCCAAAAUACGGAAUAUUCUGAAAUACAGACUUUUUUUUAGUGAGAGUGAGACAGUGAAACCUUUGUUUUUUGAUGGCUCAAUGUAUACAAACCUUGUUUAAUACACAAAGUUAUUAAAAAUAUUGUAUUAAAUGACCUUCAGGCUGUGUGUAUAAAGUGUAUUUGAAACAUACAUGAAUUGUGUGAAUGUACACAUACUUUGUUUAAUGCACAAAGUUACAAAAAAUAUUGGCUACAAUGACCUUCAGGCUGUGUGUAUAAGGUGUAUAUGUAACAUAAAUGCAUUCUGUGCUUAGAUUUAGGUCCCAACACCAUGAUAUCUCAUUAUGGUAUGCAAUUAUUCCAAAAUAUGGAAAAAUCCCAUAUCCAAAAUACCUCUGGUCCCAAGCAUUUUGGAUAAGGGAUACUCAAUCUGUAUAUAUAUAUAUAUAAAUAUAUAUAUAUAAAACAAUAGUGGUAGGGCGCUCCAAGCAGGGUCACAGUAUCCGUAGCCCUCUCCUUGGUCUUCGUAUGAUAAUACAUGCAGACAAUUAAAAGUACAACAUAAUUUAUUAAAAUGUUCUUCUUAAAAUUUCGAAGGUACAAUGAUUGUUCUUCCCUUUCUGGAUCACAGUGGACAUCACAGACAAAAACCCAAUACAUUUUGUCUCGUAAGAGACUUCAUCAGGGGCGUGUGUCUACAAUUCCAAAAAUACAUACAAUAAGUACAUUAUAUACAAAGAUCAUACAUUAAAAUUGGUGCUUCUGAUUACAAAUCAACAUAUUCCCACACACAUAGAGCAAGAAAGAGAGUAAGAAAGCUGGUGGAGGAGAAACCAUGAGAGCAAUAACAUUCUAAUCACGGAAUUAGUAAUGGGACUCAAGUCCCAAUCAUUGCUGAACAAUGUAGCAUGUUUUAUGAGCAAAAGAUGCCUGAAGUGAAUUACCCUAAUUUUCCAAGUUUUAUUUACUCUAAGCUAUCAGAUAAAAUCAAUAUUUUUAACAUUUUCAUCAAAAAAUAUUGCCGCACAGUUUCAAUAGUUACAUUAUGCAAAUUUGCAAUGGUUUGAAAAGUACUUGCAUGAAUUUAAAAAAAACUUCACCUACAGUAUUUAUCAAUGUUUGUAGGCUACAGUAUUAGUGCUUGCAGUCUUCUUGACUUGACUUAAAUUACACAUUUUUUUCUUUUUCAAUGCACUCCCUGAAGUGCUGCAUACUUACAAUAGUAAUUGUAUAAUCAUGUUUAAUCACAGAAAUCUGCACUUUAACACACACAUACCUUAUCGUAUUAAAAAAUGGGUUACAUAUCACUUUUAGUACUUUUGUAAUCCAGUUCUAUUUUGCUAGCUAAAUGCUAGUUCACAAGUAAUAAUUAGUAGAGACAGAAACAUGGGGCAGGAUGUAAUAAAGUCAGAGUUCAAUGGCAGUGUAGGAUGCCAGCUGUGCUCUGACAUUUUUUUAAAGGAGAAAUCAUGUACAAGGCAUGGUUUUGUCUUGUACGUGAUUGCCCCUUUAAAAAAAUGUCCCGCACUGCCACUGAAUUCAGACUUCAUUACACCCCAACCAUGCUUUCUGCCUUUCACAUGUUGCUUGUCCAGAAUUUUGUUUUCAAUUAUUACUCUCCUAGCCAAAUAACAAUGGCAUCAUCUUUUAAGCAAUACAUUUACAACAUAAGGCAUUAUUUUAUUCUGUCAAACAUUAUUUUAUUAAUGUAAUCAUAUCUGCAUGUGUGAUACUGUAUACCUUAUGUAGACUUACAACAAUAGACUAUAGUAUCAAUAGAAAAAAAGUAAGUUUCAUUUGUACUUCAUUUUAUAAAUUAAUUAAACUCCUUUGAAAUGUGAAGAAAUAUAUUAUAUGUGCCUCUGUUAUGUUUUCCAGGAAGGUCAAAUCGCUAUGAGUUAUUCUUUUUCUAAUGCACAAUAUAUUAAAAUUCACCACAAUUUAAAUUUAUUACAUACAAUUCUGUAAAUUACUUGAUUUUUAAGAGGAGAAGAGUUUUUGUCUUUAUAAUUGUUACAGGAUUUUAAUGAUGUACAGUACUUCAAGAUUAAGUAUUUGUAACUGAUGUCCAAUUUGCUUUGGCAUUAAUCAAGUUAAGGUACAAUACUAAAAACGUUUUAUAAUUAUUUAUAAAAAAAAUAAAUUCUCACAUUUUGAGUUUUUUAGGUCUCCACAAUACUGUGUACAUUAGCAUGUAGUAGUCUUGACAAAUAAUUAAAUUAUCAUUAAUGUGCAUCUUUGUUGUUAAUCAUUUGUUUCUUGAAUAUGAUAUAUUACACUCAUAAAAAAAGAAACUUGUUCAACAUAUUCAUUCAGUGUCAACCUGUUACAACAAUAAGAAUAUGCUAUUGUAACUAUAUUUACUGUAAGAAUCACUAAUGUGUUGUGAAAAGCUAAUAAACACUUUAAGUAUAUUGAAA